UGGACUAAAUCCGAUUUUCGUUUUUCAGAUGGAAAUUUUAUUGCCCACUUUAUAAUAACUAAAGCUGACUGUGUCUGUAUGUUUAUUUCAUCAUGAUGUAGCAAAUAAUUCGAAGAAUAAAUUAUGUGGAACCGAAACAGCAGGGUUCCUGGCUCAGUUCAGCCAGUAUAUGGCGCCCAGCAUCCACCGCUGGGUCUCAGCCAAAGCACUGGAACAUCUUCUCCCGCCAAAAACCAGAAAGCCAAGAACUUCGACGAAUUCCAACAACGCACUCACGAUGCAUGGGAGUUUUCGAACGACGACCUCACGGCUCUUGGUUUGGGAAAAGUAUUUCAAGAUGUAGCAGAGAGUACGGCGAAUUCAGUGAUCGAAAACCACAAAAAGAUCAACAAAACUGGUUUCAGUUCCAGUCCGACAAAUGCUGCCAACAAUGGAAGUAGUCGCCAACAAAGUAAAGCCCGCCAGGAGUUUGACCCCGACGUACCGGAAACAUAUCCGAGACCGAACUCUCGAGAAAGAGACAAGAACGAAAGAGAGGCAAUCAAAUUGAGAAAGUUUGAAGAAGUUCUGAGCGAAGAUCCAAUAAAUAUAGAGAAACUCAGAGCGCUGUGCUGGAAUGGUAUCCCAAUCAAGUUGCGACCGAUUUCGUGGCGUCUUCUAACAGGCUACCUGCCAACAAGUAAAAGUAGACAGAAAGAAACUUUAGAGAGAAAACGGAAAGAGUAUUUUUUAUUCGUGGACAAAAUUUUCAAUGGCACAACUGAUUUCAACCAGGAUACGUAUCGUCAGAUCAAAAUUGACAUUCCUAGAACAAAGCCGUUGAUCCCUCUGUUUCAAAAACCUCAAAUCCAACUCAUGUUUGAACGAAUUCUCUACAUAUGGUCCAUAAGACAUCCAGCAAGUGGUUAUGUGCAGGGAAUAAAUGACCUCGUAGUGCCAUUCUUCACUGUAUUCCUCUCAGAAGUCAAUGGGUACAAGUACGUAGAUGACUUAGACAUUUCGGAACUAAAGGAGGAGCAUCUUAGAAGCAUAGAGGCGGAUGCUUUCUGGUGUCUGACUAAACUACUGGAUGGUAUUCAGGAUAACUACACGUUUGCCCAGCCAGGAAUUCAGAGCAAAGUGUCAGCAUUGAAAGACCUCAUGAAGCGAAUAGAUUGUGGUCUUCACGAGCAUUUGGAGGAUUUGGAAGUGGAAUAUCUGCAGUUCGCUUUCAGAUGGAUGAACAAUUUGCUCAUGCGUGAAAUACCACUCCAGUGCUCUAUCCGUCUAUGGGACACCUAUCAGUCUGAGCCAGAAGGCUUUUCCAAUUUCCAUCUCUACGUAUGUGCUGCUUUUCUCAAGUACUGGUCCCGUGAGUUAAAAGAGGAAAAAGAUUUUCAAGGCGUGCUUUUGAAAUUGCAGAACCUACCGACAUACCACUGGCGCGACAAUGAAAUCAACCAGAUACUGGCUCAGGCGUACGAAUUAAAGUGUAUGUUUGCGGAUGCUCCGAGUCACUUACAGAACAACAGCAGUUGAUCCACAAGACGUCUCGAUUUGCAACCUUGCCCUGUUAAUAGAUAAGCGCCCAAUUCGCGACGCUCUGUCAAAGAAUCAGCGCUCUACUAUUGACAUAUUUGUCAGUUAUGAAGUUAUAGACUAAUUUUGUUCAAUUACAACUGCUAGUUAAUGUCAGAGUUUCGUUGUCCGUUUUUGAUCAUUUCCCCCGAUAUAAAAUAUUAUUCAAUAGUAAUUUUUGAUGUUAUAUUGUCAGCCCGCAGUAGUUUACUAUUGUAUCUACUUAAUAAUUGUAAGAUAUAUUAGAUUGGGUUCUUAUAAUUGCUUUAGAAAAGUAUGGUAUAUAUUUGAAACUUGAA